CGUCUUCUUGACACCCCCUGGAGAGCUCUUGAUCGCUUUGAACGACCAGGGAACCAGCUUUGCUUGGACAGCUUCCUAGAACUGUCCGCCCAAUUACUUUGUAUUCACCGGGAUAAAGUUAUAUGUGCUAAAAAAAAAAAAAGCCAGCUCUCGAGAGAAUGUCCCCCCUUUGGGGUUUACGGCACAACGGCCGAGAAGAAGGCCGGGAGGACGGGGAUGAGGAAGAAUAUGUCGGCGAGACAGGCCGUCCUGAUAACAGACGAAGAGCUCAGGAUGUGGACGAAAGGACACGCCUCUUGCCGGCUGAAGGCAACGGAUACCUCCAUCCAGACGAUCCAGCGGUAUCGCCAUACAAUCUAUGGAGUGUUCGGGCCCUGAGAGGACUCACCUUGACGGUGUUAUUCAUAUCACUUCUUUGGUGGAUUCUGCUGCUCAUAUCGAUCUUCGUCAGCCCCCCUGGGAUGAGCAACCGGGGAUCGGGCUUCUUUGAUUUCUCCUUCACCACUCUGACGAUAUCAAACUUGCUUAUUGCAUUGAUAUUCUUUGCCAUCCCGUCUACACCCAUGACGAUAUGGGCUACCACCUUAUCCGUCCUGCUGAGCGUCAGCUUAUUUCUCACGCUUGGAGUCCCGCGGCUACGCAUCGAAGAAGGCUGGGUGGGUAUUGCAUCAGCAGCUUGGGCAGUCAUUAUAUCUCUCUACCUGGUAGCCCAGACUCGGUUGGUGGCCCAGGGUAAGAGGCAGGAAGAGGAACGGCUCACUGGCCGAGAGGAGACUCGCCGAUCCCUCUCGGAAUGGCUCGCCAUCCUUGUUCAGAUUGUCGUUAUGGCGGUUACCGUCCUUGUUGGCAUCCUACUCAUGUCCACAUUGAGUCUGCGCGCAAAGGACGCUACCCUGGAGCCGCCGGGACAGAGGUAUUAUGUCGACAGCAACAAGUACCAAGUCCACCUCCACUGCAUUGGCGGUGACCAUUCAACCUUGAAAAAUAGCAACGAGACGACCGUUACUGUCCUCCUCGAAGGAGGUGAGUCGCCGGUGGAAUAUACAUUCCAAAAGUGGGUGGAUGAAGCCUACCAACACGGUGUGAUCAAACGAUACUGCUACUGGGACCGUCCUGGUAUCGCUUGGUCAGACAAUGCACCAUCUCCUCACUCUGCAGGCAUGUCGGCAGAUGCCCUUUCAGAGGCACUGGCGAUGGCCGACGAAGAAGGCCCAUGGGUUGUAGUGUCGACCGGCGUCGGCGGUAUCUACAGCCGCAUCUUCGCCAGCCGGCAUCUUCGCGACAUCCAUGGUAUCAUGCUUAUCGAUACGCUCCAUGAAGACCUGCUUCACACCCUUGGCAGGCCUGGCCGGGGGUUGAUGCUCUGGAUCUGGGGUAUAUUAUCUCCACUUGGCAUUGACAGGCUGGCCGGUGCAAUCUUCAAAGGCCGGACUCGAGUAGACCGUGUUUGCGGCAUGCGAGCCUAUCAGGGAGGAAAGUUCAUCAAGGCCGAGCUCCAGGAAAGCCUUGUUGCGGAUUCCAUCACCCGCAGCGAGAUUUCGAGUGCACGACACAUCCAGAGCCCAUCCACUCCUCUGGUAGUCGUCAGUUCAGGCAAGGAGGUAAGACGAAGCCAGACCUGGGCUGAUAAGCAAGAAGAUUUGACCAAGAUUACGAAGAAACUUGUUGCAUGGGACGUUGUCAAGGGAGCACCGCAUCAGGUCUGGGACACCCUUGACGGACGACGGACACUGGAGAAACGGCUAGGAGAACUGGUGAAGCAGGCUAAACAUUGAAAGCCCUUGACCUUGACUACCUUGACCCUCUCGGUUGUCUUUUUGAUUCCUGUAUGUACCAUGCUUUUUUAAUCGUCCCCCUUUUUUUUCGGAGCCAUAUUCUUGACUCUCGACUCUCGACUUGACAAAAUUGUAUACACCUUGUGGAAGCCCUUUGCGCCCCGUCUUCUCGGAAAAUUUGUAUGAUUCCAUCUUCAUAGCCUAGCUUGACUUUAAUGUUAACCGCCUGUCAAAAAACAUCGCAGGCAGUGCAGUGGUAUAAGUAAUAAUAACAUCAUCAUUAAGCCCAUGAUUCCAAAGGGGGUCGAAGCCUCCGAAGAUACCGAGGGACGGAUGGAUUCAACCCUGAACUUGCCGAACUUCAUCCGGCCAGAACAACAGAUGGAAUUUAUUAAUAUAACACCUACCA